CGUCUCCCUCCAACUAACUAGUUUGGUUGACCCAAUCUCUCUCUGCCCCUUUCCCUCCCCUCGCCCCCUUCUCUGAAACCGGUUGCUUUCAUGGCUUUUCGUUCCGGUGUGCCCGGCGCGGGCGAGAAAAACUAGCCUUCCGCCUCCUGAAAACUGUAGUCGGCACAGCCGUCGUGGUCCGGCAUGGCGGUAAUCUCGCUAGAGGUGUUCCUCCCGUCGUGGUGGGAGAUUGAGGUCACCUUCGCUGCCGCGCUUUUGGUGAUCGCUGUAUACUCAUUGUUCGAGAGGAUAUCAAGGGUUGGUUUUUGUGUUGGUAGUGGUGAAGGGAUUGGAAAGGAUGACGACAGGAUUUCCGGCGGAGAUGAGGCGCUGAUUGCCAAGGACCCGCUCCUCAGGGAGUGUGAUGACAAGGAGAAGAUGAACCAGUUGAAAGGGGAUUUUCAAGUUGGUUCCUACGUUAUUAAGCUGGAACUUCUAGCUGCCAAGAACUUAAUUGGUGCAAACUUGAACGGCACAUCUGACCCUUAUGCAAUAAUUACAUGUGGCGAUCAAAAGCGAUUUAGUUCAAUGGUUCCUGGCUCAAGAAAUCCAAUGUGGGGAGAAGAAUUUAAUUUUUUUGUUGAUGCACUUCCUGCCCAGAUUAGUGUUACGAUUUAUGACUGGGACAUCAUAUGGAAAAGCACAGUCCUUGGGUCUGUUGUUAUUACUAUUGAAAAUGAAGGCCAAACUGGAGCUAUCUGGUACACAUUAGACAGCACAUCAGGACAGGUUUGUCUUCAUACUAAAACUGUGAAACUUCCAGUGACUUCCGGCAGUGCUUUGAAUGGAUUUGCUGGAGCUGAUGCUAGGAGGAGAAUGUCUUCAGAGCAAGGACCUACAGUGGUUCAUCAAAAGCCGGGGCCGCUACAAACCAUAUUCGAUCUUCUUCCAGAUGAGGCUGUAGAGCAUAGUUACUCAUGUGCGCUUGAGAGGUCUUUUCUGUAUCAUGGGCGGAUGUAUGUCUCUUCAUGGCAUGUUUGCUUCCAUUCAAAUGUAUUUUCUAAGCAAAUUAAGGUCGUUAUUCCAAUUGGAGACAUCCAUGAGAUUAAGAGAAGCCAGCAUGCAUAUAUCAACCCAGCGAUAACAAUUAUUCUUCGCAUGGGUGCUGGUGGGCAUGGUGUACCUCCUUUGGGAAGUCCUGACGGGAGAGUUAGGUACAAGUUUGCUUCUUUUUGGAACAGAAAUCACACACUUAGAGCUCUACAACGUGCUGCUAAGAACUACCGGGCAAUCUUAGAAGCUGAGAAGAAGGAGAAUGCUCAGUCAGCAUUGCGCGCUCACAGUAGCUCAAUUAGAAGCAGCCGAAAACUAAUGGGCAUAGCAGACAUACCAGAAUCAAACAUAGCUGAGACUGGAAAGUUACAGGAUUUCAUCAAAGAAGAUGUUCUAGUUGGCAUAGUUAACGAUACUUUCCCAUGCACAGCCGAGGAGUUCUUUAAUUUUUUGUUUAGUGAUGAUUCAAAGUUUAUUGAAGAGUAUCGUUCAGCUAGGAAGGACACAAACCUUAAUAUGGGCCAGUGGCAUGUUGCUGACGAGUAUGAUGGCCAAGUUCGAGAGAUAACAUUUAGAUCCGUUUGUCAUAGCCCCAUGUGUCCUCCAGACACCGCAAUGACGGAGUGGCAACAUGUUGUUCUCUCUGCUGAUAAAAAUACUCUGGUUCUUGAAACUGUGCAGCAGGCACAUGACGUUCCGUUCGGGUCUUACUUUGAGAUUCACUGCAGGUGGAUGUUGGAAACAACUUCAGACUCUUCAUCUACAUUGGAAAUAAAAGUCGGUGCCCAUUUCAAGAAAUGGUGUAUCAUGCAAUCUAAGAUCAAAACAGGAGCAGUUGACGAGUACAAAAAAGAGGUGGAGCUCAUGUUGGAUGUUGCACGAUCAUAUCUCAUUAAAUUCAAGGGACCCAACCAAGUGGUGGUGGAAGCAUCUUCUACUCCUUCAGAGUCUCAAGUGCAGGAAUGACAAUCAUUUAUAAAAGCUUGUUGGUUGCUCGAUAUUCCUUUUACAAAACCAAUUAUCCACCACAGAUGACUAGAUGACACAAAGCAUUUGUUUUAUUGCUCCGUGCUGCAAUAUUUUUCCAUUGCUAGCCGACCUUUACAUUGAAGAAGUUGUGGCUUGCAAUACACAUUCAUACCAUUAUCUUGCUUCCCUAUACUUACAGUUUCUACCUUCAUGUACCUGUAGAACUCAGAUAACAUUAUAGCAAAUUGUUUUACUCACACGUGUUAGAUUGCUUUGUUCUUCUGUAAAAUUUACUCUUUUGCUUAUAAGAGGGUUGUACGGUGUCAUAGUUGAUCUCGUACUAUGAUUUACUUGAUUAUUUCUGUUUCUGUUCGCAUAUUUAAGAGAACUCUGACAACAUUUUGGUGAGAGUACCAUGGUUUUGCUCGUUAUAUUUGUAUCUUGACUUCAGAAUAUUUCUAGUUUGCACCAUGGAGCUUGAAUAAAAUUACUUGGUGAUUUUGUGGAUAUUUUUUUUUCUUUCCUUGUUCUCUUUCGUUUGCUGUAGAUGGCUGUUUUGGUGGGACUUUUUGUUCCUUUGACACAGAAAAUGUUAAAAUCAUAAAAGUUUCGUAAGGCCUAGUAGUAAAUAUUCCAUUUGUAGUGCCAGGUUCCCUGCAUAUGAUGAAUUGAAAGCAUUACUAUUAGGAAAACAGCGUACAUCACAGAGAAGUUCAGCUGAAAAUUGAGAGCUACAAAGUUCUGCCAGAACAUGUAGUGAACUGGAGUCACACGUGAUCAACAUUUAUUGUUAUGCCAACUCAUCUCUUUUUUUUUUAAGUUAAUGUCAA